CGUCAAAUAUUUCUCCUCAUAGGUGUCCUCAUCCAUAAGACGCAGUUUGCGCUGAGGUCGAGUGGGAAUCCCCCUAAAAUGGAGGCAAUACAUGGGAAUGCACGUAGUGCCGUGCACACUUUCGCUCUACUCCUCCCUUCUGCCCUCCCUCGUCUCGUCUUCUGCCUAGCAGCAGCUAGCAAGUUCGCUUCACGCUUCCCCAUCGCUCGCUUCGUCGUUCAACUCGAAACACCCCGCAGCCGCUGGUCAUUGUCCGAAGCUUUAAGCAGGAAACCGCGCGGUCAAAAGCUCUCGGUUCAACGCGGGAACUUUUGCAACCAAAGCGCGCGCCUCACAUCAGCCAGUGAUCGUGACGUAGUUAUUGACAAAUCUUCAUUUCGCUUUGCGCUGCAUUUGAUGUCACCCGAGCUCUAGUCGCGCGCUGGCUGCACAGGACUCCUGCCACAAAGGACUCUCUUAGAAGUGUGCGAGGACACGUCACAGUGCGAUGAAAGGGACGCAGGGAGAGCAGGAGGGAUGAGAAAGCGAUUCAAGUGAAAGAAGACUCACAUCACCAUAAAGUGCCUCAUCUGGAUGCUGCGGAAGCCCUUCUCUGUGUCCGCUUCGGAGCGCUCUCUUCCCCGCUGACUUGAGCACGUGCGUGUGCGCUUGGCCUUGGCUCGGGCUAUAUUUCACCCUGACAGUCAAUCAACCCAUUUGCCUGUUCCUCGAUUCCAGCUCUGCCUGCUCGCCAUUUCACCUCUUAAUACAAGGACGCCUGUCGAUUAGUUUCCCUUUUGGGUUCUCAAAGUGUCUUUCUCUUUACUUCUGCAAUCUCUCCAUCCCUUGUGACCCAGACAUGCGAGUAUCUUUAGGGACUGCUGCGCCUAUGGCAACAGGGCAGGGGGUUUCGGAAGCCUAAAUUUAGAGAAAGUCCGUUUUACAUCAAUGCAAGAGGGCUAUUUUAAACCCAGAGCUCCGGAGGGUGAGUCUAGACAGUGGGGCGACCACUGCAGACAAAUACAAAGUGCCGCUCUACUCUACUUUUAAUGCCUCGUUUUCCUGGACGGCAGCCGAAGAUGCACCACAGCAUGUCACAUUGACCUACUCCACCUCAGCACGCUUGAUUCAUCGCUCUCCCUACCUGACUUUAAACUGAUCUCAUAUUCUCGUCAUACUUCCUCACUGGCUGAUCAACAGACUAUGCUCCCUUCCUGUUCAUAAGAGAGUUUGGUUUUCAUUUCUUGAUAGUACCGGUAGUCUGAGGAUCUCCUUGCCACUGUGCUCGUUUUUUGCAGCCUUUGUGCUUCAUCACGCCUGGCUGCCCCACCCCAGCCCUCCGCUCACCCGCCGCUCGCCGAGGGACCGCCAUGGCCGUCAAUGUGACCAUGGGUCGCGACACCAAGUGGCUGACGCUGGAGGUGUGCAGAGAGUUCCAGCGAGGAACCUGCUCGCGUUCGGACACUGAAUGCAAGUUCGCUCACCCCUCUCGCACUUGCCACGUGGAGAACGGCCGCGUCAUCGCCUGUUUCGACUCUCUCAAGGGACGCUGUACACGUGAUAACUGUAAGUACCUGCAUCCUCCGCCUCAUCUCAAGACCCAGCUGGAGAUAAACGGCAGGAACAACCUGAUCCAGCAGAAGACCGCAGCCGCCAUGCUGGCCCAGCAGAUGCAGUUCAUGCUGCCUGGAGCUCAGCUGCAGCCCAUAACAUCGUUCCCAGUAACGCCUUCCUUGGCCAACAGUCCGAGCAUGGCUUUCAGCCCAUACCUGAGCCACAUGAGCCCGGGCAUCAGUCUCAUGCCCGAACUUCUGCCCAGCGCCCCCGUGCUGGUCCCGGGGAGCCCCACCGGCAUCACCAUGGGCAACGGAAAUUCAAUGCAGAAACAUGUUCGCACAGACAAGCUUGAGGUGUGUCGAGAAUUCCAGCGGGGAAACUGCACACGCGGGGAGAACGACUGCCGCUAUGCCCACCCAAUGGAAGCCGCCAUGGUGGACGGCAGCGAGAACUCCGUCAUUGUUUGCAUGGAUUACAUUAAGGGCCGAUGCACCCGUGACAAAUGCAAGUACUUUCACCCUCCGGCUCACUUACAGGCCCGGAUAAAGGCGGCGCAGCACCAAGCCAGCCAGAAUGCUGCUGCCAUGGCUCUGCCACCAGGAGCCAUGCAACAGCUACCAAAGAGACCGACCCUGGAGAAGACUAACGGCGCGACUGCCGUCUUCAACCCCAGCAUGUUCCACUACCAGCAGGCUUUGGCCAGCAUGCAGCUGCAGCAGCCAGCGUUCAUUCCCACAGACGCCGCCGAGGUACUGAGCGCCGAACCCAUCGACCUCCAGUGCGUUCCCAUGGAGGCCCAUUUCUGUCCCGUUCCUAAACUCCUGGUGGCUGCACCAAUGACACUGAAUCCAGUAAGCCUCUCCCGCAAUCCCACAACCUAAUCAGACCCAUCUCUCAUGCAACAUGUGCCCAAACAACAGAAAAAUGAAUGCAACAAAACGUGUGCCUAAUCAGUACGUCCUUAACAGGCAAUACAUUCAUCCUCAUAUCAGAGAUUCCCACUUCAUUUGACGUCAACAGAGGUUUGUUGAUAUUGAAACAGGCAAUACUUAAGCUUGGACCUACAACUGUUUAAGGAAGCAUGCCAUCUCGAUGCAAGGAGACGUAAGGAGCAUGCGGAUGCUGAAUCAGGAGACGGAGAUCUCUCGUAACUCACAGCCAUACGAAUACAUGCAAACCAAUUAGCCGAGAAGAAUGAAUUCUCUGGAGAUGAACAUUAGAUUUCAGAACCGACUUAUCUAAUGUACGGUUAGAGGUGGAGUCGUUGCAGAUCAUCAGCAGACAGAAUGUUUCUCCGUCGUAGAUUGUGAAAACCCAGAGUGUGCGAGAGCGGCACCUAAUGCUAAUGAUAUUUUACAUAGUUGUGGUGGUGGUAAUUUCUUUCACAUUUAAUUAUGAUUAAUGAACGUGGCACAUUUUAUUUCAUGUUUACAUUUCAAAAUGU